CACGUCGCAAAGCUGCUCUUAUAGAAAGAUCUUGACCGCCCAUUUAUAGUCAAACUCCAUAGUUGAGAGCUUGAGAGAAGAAGUGGAAGAAAAUAUCAGAAAUGGAGGAAGCUAAUAAGGGACCUGUGAAGCACAUUCUGCUUGCCAAAUUCAAAGAUGGCGUAAGCCCUGAGAAAAUCGAAGAACUAAUCAAAGGUUACGCCAACCUCGUCAAUCUCAUCGAACCUAUGAAAGCUUUCCACUGGGGAGAAGACGUGAGCAUUGAGAAUCUGCACCAAGGUUACACACACAUUUUCGAAUCCACAUUUGAGAGCAAAGAAGCUGUUGCAGAGUACGUUGCUCACCCCGUUCACGUUGAAUUCGCCACCAUGUUCCUUGGCAGCUUGGAUAAAGUAUUGGUUAUUGACUACAAGCCUACUUCUGUCUCUCUCUAAUUAAUGUUGCUGCCUCCAAUAUUCUCAUCUUUGAUCUUUUUCUCUGGGUUUGCAUCUUGUGAGCAUUGUUGAAUAAAGUAUAUCCGUUUUGAGUUAUAUAUGACCUUUGGUUGCCUUGAGUUGUUCUCUUGUUUCUGUGAAUUUCUACCUUUGCCUUUGUUGUAUUUAGACUUGAUGUGUAAACGAUCUCGAGUUUUACUUUAUAAUGAAGAAAGUUUGAUUUCAGAUA